GUUCCCGAACCAUCACCAUCUUGAUGCUCCUCCACAGCGGCCGUGCCCUCCGCUGUCUGCUCCGCUCCCAGGGGAGACUUGGCGGGUUAGCGUUACCCCGACGAUGCUUAACAACACCUCCUCCUCAGACUUGGUUUACCGAAGACGAGAAGGCGAAUGCCAAGAUCCUUGAGGCAGCCGCAGCCAAGGUUGCUCUCUUCAACGCAGCACAAGAGCCAAAAGAUGACUUGACAGUCGACGAGAGCCGACAACGCGCCAAGGUGCAGAAGGAGAUAGGGCCCUUAGCAGAAGUAUACACCAACUACCUCACUGCACGGAAGGCGCUUCAUGACAUCCAGCCGCACCUAUCUGACCCCGACGAAUCGCUGCGCGAAAUGUUCCAGAUGGAAGUCGAUGAGCUCUCCGAGCAUCUCAACGCCGCCGUCGGGCAGCUUCCCGACCUCCUCCUGCCGCCAUCCGAGACCGACCCUCUGGCGCUCAUGAUGUCGUUGAACGCGGGCGUGGGAGGGUCCGAGGCCGCGCUGUUCGCCGAGGAGAUGGCGAGGAUGUACACCCGCUUCGCGGAGAAGCGUGGAUGGAAGAUUGAAGUCUUGAGCCAGACGGAGGGACCUAACGGCCGUGGCGUCCGAGAGAUGACCAUCAAGAUGGAGCCUGCGCCCUACUCUGAUAGCGAGGUCUACGGGCUCUUGCGGUGGGAGAAAGGUGUACACCGGGUGCAGCGAGUACCACAAACGGAGACGCAGGGGCGCGUGCACACCAGCACGAUCACGAUCGUUGUCAUGCCCAUUUACCCGGAUGCUCCGGAAGCGCCCCUUGUCGACCCCAAAGACGUCAAAUCCGAAGUCAUGAGGUCGCGUGGCGCCGGCGGCCAACACGUCAAUAAGACUGAGUCGGCGGUGAGGCUCACCCACAUCCCCACCGGCAUCACCGUGUCGAUGCAGGACUCGCGCAGCCAGCACCAGAAUCGGGCGUGGGCUUGGGACGUGCUCCGCGCGCGUUUGAGUGAACGCAAGCACCAGGAGGAGAUCGAGGCGAAACGUGCCAGCCGACGGAGCCAGGUCAAGGGCGCCGACCGUGGUGAUAAAGUCCGCACGUACAACUUCCCACAGGACCGAUUGAGUGACCAUCGCAUCGGUCUGAAUCUGACUGGCUUGAGGGAGAUUAUGGACGGCGACGGACUGGACAACGUCAUUGCAGCGCUGCGGCGCGACUUCAACGCUCGCAGGUUGGAGGGCAUCCUCGCGGGCGAGGAGGACUUCGACGAAUAGACGCUAGCUGCAUUCGCAUUACUCUACUCGGCGGCGUGGGCGCCGCUGAAGAAGGCCCGGAUCUCCUGCUGCUUCUCGUCGAAGCCUGAUGACCCGAUGCCGCCGCCCUGCCGCUCUACGCCCUCGAGGUGGGUUGUUACAUCCGUUGCCAAGAUUUCCACGGUGAGAGGCGGCAGCCCAGGGAGGUUGUCGUAAUCAAGCGGCUGACCGGUCGCCUCGCCGGCGUAUCCGACAUGCAGUCGCGUCCAACCGGUCUGGAUGUCAGUUGCGUCCGGGUGCCACGUCAGUCGCUCACGUUC